CGAAUCUUGGCGCUUUGUGUUUGGAGGAGAAGGUGCAGCGUUUGUCCAAGGGCGCGUGACGCCGCUUAAAGGAUCGGGGCUAACGUGCUUGAAUAUUUGAGACGAUGGGAGUGACCAGUCUGUGGCAGAUCCUGGAACCUGUAAAACAACACGUCCCACUAAGCAGUCUUAAAGGAAAGACGCUGGCUGUUGAUUUAAGUCUCUGGGUGUGCGAAGCACAGGCCGUUAAAAAGAUGAUGGGAGUAGUCACAAAACCUCACCUUAGAAAUCUUUACUUUCGGGUCUCUUCUUUAACAUUAAUGGGGAUCCAUCUGGUGUUUGUCAUGGAGGGGGAUCCCCCAAAGCUGAAAGCAAACACAAUGGAGAAGAGGACAGAAGUUCGCUUCGGACCAUCCAGGAAGCCUGGAACUGCAAGACCAGGGAGAUCUCGUUUUAAGUCUCUUCUGAAAGAGUGCCUUGAGAUGCUGGACUGCUUAGGAGUCCCUUGGGUUCAAGCAGCUGGCGAAGCUGAGGCCAUGUGUGCUUUCCUGAACGCGAACGGUGAUGUGGAUGGCUGCAUCACCAAUGAUGGCGAUGCUUUCCUUUAUGGUGCUCGAACAGUUUACCGGAAUUUUACCAUGAACGUAAAGGACCCACAUGUUGACUGCUAUUUGAUAUCCACUAUAGAGGAGAAACUAGGCUGCAGCAGGGAGUCUCUGAUUGGAUUAGCAGUUCUCCUCGGUUGUGAUUAUCUUCCUAAGGGAGUUCCUGGAGUUGGAAAAGAACAGGCUUUAAAGUUGAUUAGGACUUUGAGAGGACAGAGUUUACUGCAAAGAUUUGAGCACUGGAAAGACUGCUUCCAAUAUGGGGAUGUCCCAGCCUUAGCAGUUAAAAAGGUGGCUCACUGUGCUGUAUGCCGUCAUCCAGGCUCUCACAGAGACCAUGAACGCUUUGGAUGUCAUCUCUGUGGCAGUGUGGGGUACUGUGAACCCCACGAUGCUGAAUACUGCUGCCCUUGUGACUGGCACUCCUCUAAGCAUGACCAGCAGUCUAGUUCGGUUGAGGAUGGUGUUAGAAAAAAAGCCAAAGCAUGUGAAGGCUUUCCAUUUCCCGAGGUUAUCCAAGAGUAUCUCAUCUUCAAAGACAAACCAAUGAAGCCCAAUAGGUGCCAAAGGCCAAACCUAUUGUCCUUUCAGAGGUUUGCCUCCGAGAAAAUGGACUGGACCAGACAUUACGCUUGUGAGAAAUUGUGUUCUCUUCUGACGUACUAUGACAUGAACAGAAGAAAGUAUGGCCAUACUGACCUACAUCAGCUGCAGGCACUACGGAUAGUCAAGGCGCGGAUUAAAAAUGGAACUCCUUGUUUCGAAAUUGAGUGGCAAAAGCCAGACCACUAUGCUGCAGCAGAUGAUCAAAGGGUGGAACCCUUUUUAAUAACAAUAGAAGAGUCCACAUUAUUUCAAGCUGCAUAUCCAGAAGUGGUUGCCCUGUAUCAAAUGGAAAGACUGGAAAUUUGCAAGGAAAAAAAGAAAGGAAAGAAGAACAAAAGGCGUGAGAGAGAGUGCCUUGCUGGAGAUGGUGAAGUUGCCGAUCUUCUUUCGCGGUUGAACUUGCAAUCUACAUGUGAAACUUUUCCCAGUGGAGAUCCAAAGUUUGAUUUUAAAACUGUUUCAGAUUUUCAAAAAUUUCCCCCAAAGGGCUCCGAGUCUCAGGGUCCAUCUGUAAUGGCAGAUCGUUCUACUGCAGCCGUGCAAAGUCAAAAAAACCUGUCUUCCUUGCUUGUCACUACUUCACAAAGCACAGAGAACGUUUGCAAUCAUGGUGGUUCUCUGAACUCACAAGCAGAAUUGGCUCAGCUGCCUGCAGCCUCUUAUGCCUCUUCUGUGGUUUCUGAGCUACAGUUGAGUGACAUUGACUGGGACGGAACUUCCUUCAGCAGUUCUCCAGCGCAUGUUAAUAUUGCUUGUUGUUCAGAAGCCGAGUCUGUCACGUGUAGUCGUUCCAAAUGGCAAACUUCUCCACCGCACUGUAAAACAGCACAGGUCAUCACGCCACAUUCAGACUCUGUACCGUAUAAUCCAGAUCUACCCAACAGUGUGGGCUGCUCUGCUUUAGAUGGUGACUUUCCUAAAGGGCAAAGUGAUUUAUCUUUAAAAGAAGAAGUCAUUCAAAAACCUUCUGCUUUAGCAGCUUUUUCCAAUGCUACAGAUGUGUCUCUGUUAAGUGCUUUGCAGAUGGUGGAAGAAAUAAAGGGAACUUCUAGCCCGAAGGGGGUAUUUUCAUCUCCUUCAGCUCAGCUAAAAGACAGCGCUCAGGAAAUUGAAAAUGUAUCAUUAUCAGAAAAAUAUCCAGGGGGACUCAGUUUACAAGGUUAUAAAGAGGCACUCCUAAGCACUGAAAACCCAGUCCAGGCAGCAAAGAAACCCGCUGCACUUUGCUCUGAAACACUAGAACAGCCUUGCUUGGAAAUGAAGCCACUAACGAUGUCUCCCAAGUCAACAAAAGUCCUAGAUAACUGUCAGAUUGGAAAGAAUUGCGCACCAACGAUUCUGAAAAUCCCGCUUAAGAAGAGUGUGUGCCAGAAUGGCUAUUCUAGUGAAGACAGUGAUGGUGAGAUGAUAAAUGGCAAGAGGAAGGGUUGCAGUAUCCCAAAGUGGCAAAGGAAGUGUAACUUGGUACAGCAAAAGGACAGCAAUGGUGCCGAAAGGAACAAUGGCAAAUCGGCACUUGAAAUCCCACCAAGAGAGAAAGAACCUGCCCUUGGCACUGAUUCAUCAGCCGAAGAGCAUCCUGUUGCACAUACCCACAAUUCUCCAAGAGCCACAGAAUGUGAACUUGGCGGAUUCUAUCCCUAUCUUCAGGACAGUGAAGGCGAUUCUGAUGUGUGUCUUGAUAGUCCUCUGCCUCUGUCUGAAAGGCUGAAACUAAGGCUGCAGAGCAGUUAAGCAUUCCGUUCCAUUUUGUUAUGCUGGGCAUUUCUUAAAUUACCUGCU